AUGGCAGAUAUCAACAAACUCAAUGUCGACAGCAUCAUACAACGGCUGUUGGAACUGAGAGCAUCCAAGCCAGGUAAAAUGCUCCAGCUGCUGGAAAAUGAGUUAAGAGGACUGUGCUUGAAAUCCCGCGAGAUCUUUCUCAGUCAACCUACCCUACUAGAACUUGAAGCACCACUCAAAAUAUGUGGUGACAUCCACGGGCAAUUCUAUGAUUUGCUUCGACUUUUUGAAUGCGGGGGCCUCCUGCCAGAAAGCAACUAUCUGUUUCUGGGGGACUACGUGGACAGAGGGAAGCAGUCACUGGAGACCAUCUGUCUCUUACUGGCCUACAAGAUCAAGUACCCUAAGAACUUUCUUCUCAGAGGCAACCACGAGUGUGCCAGCAUCAAUAGGAUUUAUGGGUUUUAUGAUGAAUAUAAAAGAAGAUACAACAUUAAACUAUGGAAGACUUUCACAGACUGUUUUAACUGCUUGCCAAUAGCAGCCAUCGUGGACGAGAAAAUAUUCUGCUGUCACGGGGGUUUAUCACCAAAUCUUCAAUCUAUGGAGCAGAUUCGGCGAAUUAUGCGACCAACUGAUGUGCCCGAUCAAGGUCUUCUUUGUGAUAUUUUGUGGUCUGACCCUGAUAAAGAUGUCUUAGGCUGGGGUGAAAAUGACAGAGGAGUGUCCUUCACAUUUGGUGCAGAAGUGGUUACAAAAUUUCUCGUUAAGCAUGAUUUGAACCUUAUUUGUAGAGCCCAUCAGGUGGUUGAAGAUGGAUAUGAGUUUUUUGCAGACAGGAAGUUGGUCACUCUGUUUUCUGCACCAAAUUACUGUGGAGAGUUUGACAAUGCAGGCACCAUGAUGAGUGUGGAUGAAACACUAAUAUGUUCCUUCAAGAUUUUAAAACCUGCAGAGAAAAAGAAGCUGAACGCCACAAGACCCGUCACACCACCCAGGGUAAACAUUAACAAACCAGAAAAGAAAUAG